CUCUCUUCUCCUCUCCUGUCCUCUCCUCUCGAGCGAGCGAGCGUCCCUGUCUGUCACUCGAUCGAGGGCCGGGAAGAAGAAGACCGAAUCGAAAGGGAUCGAUGUCGAUCAAGUACUGCGACCAGCACAAGGACUGCGAGCGUCAGCGCCUGUACCGGCGCUGCUGCGCGGCCAUCGUCGCCAUCAUCCUCAUCGUCCUCCUCAUCGUGCUCAUCGUCUGGCUCGUCCUCCGCCCCACCAAGCCGCGCUUCUACCUCAACGACGUCGCUAUAGUCUGCAUCAACGUCACCUCCUCCGCCGCAGGCGCCUCCUACGCCACCUCCUCCUCCUCCUCCUACCUGACGGUGACCAUGCAGGCGACGCUGGCAGCGCGCAACACCAACGACCGGGUGGGCAUAUACUACGACCGCGCCGACGUCUUCGCCGAGUAUCGGGGCAUGCAGAUCACCGUGCCCACGGCGCUCCCCGCCGCGUACCAGGGCCACAUCGACGCCACCGUCUGGUCCCCCUUCCUCUCCGGCGCCAACGUCCCGCUCCCGCCCUACCUCGGCGUGGCGCUGACGCAGGACGAGACGGCGGGGUACCUGCUCGUCACCAUCCGGGUGGACGGGUGGAUACGGUGGAAGGCGGGGGCGUUCAUCACCAGCCACUACCACCUCAGGGUCAGGUGCCCCGCGCUGCUCACCGUCAACGACGGACAGGGGAGCUACGGCUCCAACUCCGGCGGGGGACUCGGAUACUUCAAGUUCCAGCGCGCCGCAGGCUGCGUCGUCGAUGUCUGAGUAAUCCAUCCAUCCAUGGAGGCUCGGUGCAGUGCAGUACGAUACAGUGCAGUCGCAGUGUGCUCCCGGCAUCUAUCCAUGCUCAAUUUGGUUAGUUUGAUUUGUCAUCCGUAAAAGCCCGGUCGAAACUUCUUUGGGUCUGGGCCGGGUCGGGCUCAGCCCGGCUCGGAAACUAGUUAAGCACAAUUUGGUAUAUAAAUAGGAGCAUAUAUAUAGAGAGAGAGAGGAGCGCGAGAAAUAAUUUGACCUUUUUUGGUUUAGUUUUGAUGUUUGUGUGUCUGGGGGUUUGUUGGUUAAUUUGAGUAGAAGGGAAAAGAUGGCAUCCAUCGCUCAAAGGGGAAGAGCUUGAGUGCAUCUUCCUACCUUAGUAGUGCAAAUUAUAUAUAUAUAUAUAUAUAUGGAUGGUGAUCGAUGGUGGUGCCUAUAUAUAUUUUUCAUAUCUCCAUGUACAGAGGGAGGGAGAGAGAUUUAUCAGGAAUUCAAAAGUAGUGUACGUGCA